UUCUGAUAAAUAUUACUUAUUCGUAGAUUUUUGUUUUCCUAUUCAACUAUCCUAGAUAAAAGGGAUUAUUUUAUGUAUAUUCUAGUACUAAACGCCAAUGUAAAACUAAAAGAUACUAGCGCCUCUUUAUUUACUUAUUUAUUGAUAUUGUGCUCGUUUUUUGUGAAAACUGAAUAAUGACCGAGACGCGUCGUAUACAGCUCCAUUUGGGCAAAUGUAUAGAAGAUUUGGAUAAAUUGUACAAUGUACCCGACUUAAAAUCGAAGAGAGCAACCUUGUUAUGCAAGACAGCUCAAAAACUCUUUGAAAGUGCUGAAGAAGCUCGUGCAAAAGGUGAUGAGGAGUACUCCUAUGUGUACUAUAUGAAAUACCUUCGGGUAAUUGCAUUUAUCAGUAAAGACAAAGAGUAUCUGAAAGAUAAAAAUUACUUUAAUAAUAUGCUUGGGCCUAAGAAUCCAAACAAAGCUAUUGAUGCGGCUGAGAAAUUGAAAAUAAGUCUGAUUGAGAGAUAUGCUAAAGAGCAAAAAGCUAAACGAUUAAUGGAUAUACAAGAAAAUGAGUUAAUCAAACAGAAAAUUGAUGAAAACCGUAAAAAGGCUAUGGACACGAUUGCUGCUGAACCACCACCUCCAACUGGGCUACCAGGUCCUGAUGAAGUUACAAUCAAAAGUGAUCAACUGUAUACUAUAUUAAAAAAUGGCAAACUCAAAGUAAUGAUAUUAGAUGCUAGACCUGGUAAAGAUUAUAUUAACUCACACAUCAACCAUCCUGCUUGUAUCAGUGUGCCAGAAGAAUGUAUAUCACCCGGGCAAUCAGCAAAUGUUUUAGAACAGAAUUUACCAUCUGCAUCUCGUCCCGUUUGGGCCGAGCGGGCCAGCUCUGAGCUGAUAGUGAUGCUGGACUGGAGUAGCACUACAGUCAUUCCAGGAAAACCGCUGCACCUACUCAAGACAAUCUUACUCAAGUGGGACAUCAAAGUUCAAUACUCCCGACAACCAGUUGCACUAUGGGGUGGUUAUGAAGACUGGCUACUAAAGUAUCCGGCCUUCACCACUAAUCCACAGGCUAUACCACCCUCACAGGAUAUCAUGUUGGAUGAUAUGCUUGGUGAAAUAGACUACCCAAAUUGGUCAGAUUUGAACCCCACCCCUGCUGUUAGCCGACCCAUAUCAUCUGAACCAGUCAUAGAUCGCGCUAGCAAGUCAGCUGCAGUAGAACUAUAUGCAGAGCGCUCUCGUAACAUGCAACAUAUACUGGAACAGCAGGAACUUAUCGCUGAUACUUCGCUUACUCUUGAGAUGCAAAGGAUUGAGGCUGAACAGGACUGGGAAAAAAUACGUCAACAAGGGGAAACAGAACACCGGGAUGAGUUGCGAGCCAUGUACCAGCUUCGGGAACAAGAAAUUAUCUCACAGCUUAUGCAGCUCGAAAACAAGCAGUUUGAUAUGGAACAAGAGAACCAGUCUCUGCGUGAGAAGCUGGAAGAUUAUCAGAGAAGGGAAAGAGAAGAGGCAGCCAAACUCGCUGAGAGCAUCGCCCGGUCACACCUAGCGCCAUCUGCUGAUAAUGAAGCUGUAGCAACAGCACGUGAGCGGGAAGCUGCGGCUCGCGAUGUGGAAGCAAAGCGUGCUCGUAUCGCGGCUGUGACCGCACAGAGAGUGUCACUUGACAGGCAAAGGGAAGCGCUUGAAACCGAGCGGAAGCGGAAACUGGCUGAGGCUAGGGAGAAACAGAAACCUAAUUAUAAGGAAGAAGAUACUGAAUCGUACGGCUCCAGUACUGAGAGUGCAAAUGCAGCCCUGAAUCGAUCGCAAUCUUCGCCGAACAUCGCAAAAGUAUCAUCUGAUGAAGAGGAACCAGUGGUGCCAAGCUUUGACCGAAGUACAAAACCAGCCAAAGUGGCGCCAUCUAGUGAACUACGACAAAGGGACUUUCAACCGGUUUGGGCAGAUGUCGGUCGAGGUCUGACUGGCCUGAAGAACCUGGGUAACACCUGUUAUAUGAAUUCCAUUAUUCAAUGCCUCAAUAAUACCGCCAUUUUGGUCACCUACUUCUGCAAUGGACAGUACCUAGAACACGUUAAUAGAUCACACAGCACUCGCGGUGCGAUAGCGGAAGAGUUGGCUGCGGUCGUGCGAGGUUUAUGGUCCGGACAAUAUAGGUUUAUCGCUACUAAAGAUCUAAGGAACGAAGUAGGAAAACACCAACGUACAUUCCGUGGAAGCGAACAGCAGGACUCGCACGAGUUUCUCACCAUCCUCAUGGACUGGUUACACUUAGACCUCCAGUUCUCAAUUAAACCACCACUAAAGGAAAACUUGGGCGCAUCAGAACGCGCCUGGCACGAAUACACGAAAUCCAAGGAAAGUCUUGUGCUACGACUAUUCUAUGGGCAGAUUAAAUCAACAGUCCGCUGCUGCGUAUGCGCAACGCAUAGUGCUACGUACGACUCAUUCUCCAAUCUGUCACUAGAGUUACCGCCGCAUGCUUCACGGUGUACGCUUAGUGAUUGCCUAAAACUCUACUUAAACGGCGAAACGAUACCCGGCUGGAAUUGUCCGAAUUGUAAGGAUAAACGGGACGCCGUAAAAAAACUAGAUAUAUCCCGGUUGCCUCCGGUCUUAGUCAUACAUUUCAAGAGGUUCUACCUUGACCCCAAGGAGUAUUGCAACGCGUUUAGGAAGAGGCAGACAUACAUAGACUUUCCACUAGAAAACUUGGAUAUGCGGCAAUUUUCUUUGAAUUGCCCUGGCAACCCUGUUUAUAAUUUAUACGCUGUGUCGAAUCAUUACGGCUCUAUGGAAGGUGGACACUAUACUGCAUAUUGCAAGAGCAGUGUUUAUGGAAAAUGGUACAAAUACGACGAUCAUCUUGUGACUGAGAUAUCGCCAAGUGAAGUCAAGUCUAGCGCCGCCUACAUUCUCUUCUAUACGUCUUGCGAACGAUAGUGAUGUGUAUUAAUGAUUUAUGUGUUAUCGCCCUAACGUAUGUGUACUUAUGCAUUCGCAUGUGUAGUAAAAAGAUUUAGUUUUAUUACGUUUAAAAAAUUUGUAGAUAAUUUUCAACUCAACAAAAAUGGCAAUAUCAGUAUUAGCAAGAUUGUUUCAUUAUUACUUUGAACGUAAUAGCGCCCUUGUUUCAUAAUAAAUAUCAAUCUUGCUUUAACUGUCAUCGUAACUUUGGGUAUUUUUUUAACACUGAAUGACCUGCAACGUCGAUUGGAUAAAGGAUGAAUUUCCGGCCUUUUAAUAUGUGUAUGGCGCUUAAGAUUUAACGUAAUAAUGAUUCGAUGUCACAUUUUUGACACUUUGCAACUGUUUGAAUACGGAAUAAAUCUCCUAGAUUUAUUAACAAAAUACAAAUUUGUAUGCAACGUUUUACACAACACACCCAUUGGUAAAUUUAUCAAUUCAAGUAAAAAAAACAAUCGUAAAAUCCUUGUUAGGAAAUUUCUAGACCAACAUUUAAAGUUUCUGAACUCUUGAAUUCUUCGUUUAAUCACUGUAACGUAACCACAAACAUUUUAACAUCGCCGUAACGAAAAUAACAUCUUGACACCUGGUUAUUAAAUCAACGUAUUCAUUACAAUCCUUAAAAGUACAAACUGUAAAUAUUUUUUAUUUAAAACCGUUUUAGAUGGCCGAGUCAGUCCUUGGUUGAUGAUGUAGAAAGAAUUCUACCGAAAUACUUUGAAGACCGUCUCAGCUACGAACUUUUAAGUUUCGUCUAGUAUUCCCAUGACAAUGACAUGCUGUUUUCCAUACAUUACUACAUCGUUCUAUUUAUAUUGUUUGUUAUAAUGGUACCAUAUAGACCAACUCACAGUAAAAACUUGUUAUUUUGCACCAUAUUUAGACCAGUUACGUUGUCUUUGGCCUGCCUUACUGAAAUAAAUACUUCACCUUGCUUUGUUAGUCACGUGACCGCUGACCGACGACGUUUAUUUAUUUAUAUUUAAAUUGCUUAUUUUAAUUGCAUGGUACAAAAUAGCAAGAUAGUUCUAGUUUUUAUUCACCGCUAAGCGGCCUUGAAAGGCCUACAUAUGUCAUGUCCUGUCAUCUGUCAUCUUUUACUGAUUUUUGUGUAAUUGACUACGAAUAUUGCCAGUGGACGUUGAUUCAAUGAAUGAUUGACAGAAAAUUUUGGUUCCGAAGAAGAAGAGAUUGACGUAGAGGAAAGUACAAUUUUUAUUUUCUUUACCAUUAUUUUAAAAGGCGUCUUCCUACCAGCCAAGUUAUUUGAAAAUUAUGAAAUAUAUUUGAAUUGUAUAAAUUACUUACGGAAAUGAAGGGUUUGGGCAAAAUGGUUAAAAUAUUGAUUUUAUUUUUAUUACAUAAAAUGAGAAAUUAUAUAGUUUGAUAGUAAACUAUUUAUACAUUUAACAGUCUAAAUAACAUCAAAACAGACGCAAAAAUGUCACCUGAAACCUUAGAAUUUUGCUCUAAACGUGUUUUGUAAAUAUCGCUGUAUAAUGCUAAAUCUCACUAAAGAUGUAAAAAUAUUUAUUUUGGAUAUUUGAAUGGUUUAUGGAAAGACUGAAUGGUAAAAUAUGUCAUUAGUAAAUGUUUUAAUUAUUUGUCUUUAACAGCUUCCUUAGAAUAAUACAUUUUGUUUACUAUAUGGUUAUUCAUGUCUUGUAUACUGGACAUAUGUAACAUCUACAUGGCUAUAAAAAGGUAUAUUAAUAUCAAAACUGAAAUUCACCUCGCAUGAGUCUAGCGGUGAACGAAAUAUAGAAAAUUUUAAUAUAAGCUCCAAAUUCCGUAUAGUCUACAAGUUCCAUCCAUUCAGCGAAAACUAUCCUCUUUUGACACUAGUCGAUUAAAUAUUACGUGAAACUAUAAAAUCUAAAAUUCCUUAUUUUAAUUGUUUAACUAGUUUAAUUUCUUACGUAAUAUUUUUAACACAUACAAAGACUAAACAGUUUUCGCCAAUGCUAUGAAUGUCGACCUUGCUUGGGCCUUAAACGUAUGUAUAUACCGCAUCUUGUUUUCUACUUUUUCCCAGUAACACUCACCGUUAGACUUUCCCAGCGAACUACAUGUAUUAUUUACUAUAUGGAUUAAAGAAUGUAGUGUGUAAAGUUUGUCGUAUAUCUGCAUUAUAUAAUACAAAUUAUGUCGUGUUACAUUGUUAGGAAUAACUAAAAGUAAUGGACGCUGCUUUCUGACAAAUUUAUUAACGAAAUUGGCUACGACACAUAAUUUAAUAAAAAUUUGUAACAUUAAUGUUCAAGAAAAGAAAAUAAUUUAAUAUGUAAUUCUUUCAUGCAAGUUUUGUAUUCCUUUAUCGCGCCGAUUUGUGUCCUAGUAGUAGUGUAGUAGGGGGACUUAUUGUUUUUGACUAAUCCCAAUUGUAUAUAAACAUUACUAAAUACAUAAAGUGUAUACUUAAGGCAGAAUUUAUUAAAUUCUUUGUUAAUAUA